AUGCCUCUGUGUGAGGUUUGUGUUCGUUGCCUUGAGGGUAUACAUGAUCCAGCCCUCACUCCUCGCCUUGGAUUGCGAACAUCAGCACCAGAUGAACCAACUACGCAUGGACCUUUGGAAUUCGAGAAAUAUGUUUAUGGUCAUCAUUUGACAGAGGAAUCCUGGUGGAAGAGCAGGAGUCAAGACUGCACGAUCUGUGACAGGAUAGGUUUCAGCAAGAACAGAAUCUAUAUCAAGGGAGAGGAUUACAGGGGCAUCAAUACAGACUACUACACCAUAUUCGAGAUGGACAUGGACAUAGAGGAAGACAUGCUACAAAUGCGUCUGAGGUGGGAGGAAGGGGUAUGGAUGGAACCGCUCGCACUGGUCGACAACAUAAGUGAUAAGGAUGAACUAUACAUGGAGCUCGAUAGUACUACCGAUGGACCUAGAACAAGAGAACUCGUGCUUCGAUGGGUGGAAGAAUGUACCAGCCAUCACCGUCAAUGUCACGUAAAUGAGACUGCGAACUUCGUACCAACACGGUUGCUCGAAAUCAACAAUAACACGGCAAAUACUACAUUCCGACUUGUACUGCGAUCGGAAUGCCAAGAAAAUAUCCGUUAUAUCGCUCUGUCACACGUCUGGGGACAUGGUCCUGUUGAAGAGAAACUACGACUGUUAGGGUCGACAUACGAUGAACUACGUCAAGGGAAGCCCAUCGAUUACCUCCCAAAGACCUUUCACGACACUAUGACUGUGGCUCAGAGACUAGGGGUAAAAUAUGUUUGGAUCGACAGUCUGUGUAUACUUCAAGAUUCUAAAGAGGACUGGCAGACCGAGGCCUCUACGAUGCAAGACGUGUAUCGAUAUGCAUACAUCACCAUCUCAGCGUUAUCUGGAGAGAACGAGCAUGCCGGAUUGUUCUACGAACGGGAUCCAAAACUCUUCACUGCGACGAUGGUAAACAUGCGGUUGUCGAAGUGUGGUGGCGAAGCGUUGAGGUAUUACCACGCUCAUGAUGAAGGGUGGGAUAGAGUGUCGAUUUUUAAGCAUCGUAACAUUCUCAUGUAUCGGGCAUGGUGCUUCCAAGAAAUACUUUUAUCACCAUGCGUAUUGCACUUUGGCGCACUCCAGGUGUUCUGGGAGUGUUACGAAAAGACUACCGGCGAAUAUGAUCCGGGAAAUCCGCCAGUGAGCUUUCCCUCACAUAAAGUUCUCUGGAAGCCAAUCAUAGACCGAUUUAGCCCAGUAAGCUAUCCAGAGGCUGCGUGGGAUACUAUGCUCGAAGAAUGGUACGACACCGUCGCGAUGUAUGGUCGUUGCAAGCUCACGUUUCCUUCAGAUAAGUUGUUUGCGAUCGCUGGGCUUUCCAACGAUAUGAAACGAAUUAUGCUAGAUAAGUGGCCAGAAUGCGAUGCUACAUAUCUUGCUGGACUAUGGCAAGCAGACUUGCGCAAUGCAUUGUGUUGGUCUGUUUGGGAAGGGAGGCGUUCUCCAAACUACAGGGCUCCAUCUUGGUCCUGGGCAGGCCUCGAUGAGGGUUCGAUAUGGACUCAAAGACCAGAAAAGAAGACCGGCCACCACUGGUUCGUUGGUGAGCAGGAAUGCAUAGCACACGUCACGUACGUAGGCCAAUCUGAUGCAAGCGAGAUCAGCGGAGGUUCCCUCUUACUGACAGGUCCAUUUGUGGAUCUACACGUCGAUGAUGAAUCAAGGGCAUCGAUAUGGGAAUCUGUACAGUGUCAUUUCAAGGAUGGGAGCGGCACUGAAAUCGUUAUUCCGGGGCCCACUUCGAAACGGCCAUUCCUAGCAGUUGUGAGAUCCGACGGUGAUAGCUUAGCUAAAGAAUUGUCGUGCAUCCUGAUUAGGGCAUUAAUCGAUCCCUCUGGGUUGCAUUACCGCAUUCAUGGAAUAGCUAUUUCAUCCGUAGACGGUGGGAACGUGUAUCGGCGAGCUGGUCUGUUCUGCGUAGAUGUGAACACCGAACUCGUAACCAGCGGAGCGUUUGAGGCAAUCCAGGAGAAGAAAGUGACUGUAAUAUAG